AUGGGUGGCCACGGUGGUUUGAACAUACUUCCCCAGAAGAGUUGGAACGUGUACGGCCGCAAGAACCGGCUGAAGGUCUUAGAAGCCGAGGAGAAGGAGAGGAGGGAGGAACGGAAGCGGCGCGGAAAGCGCAAGGCUGCGGAUAACGAAUUCCGAAGGAAUGCGUUGCUGAAGAAGGCGGCAGGUUCGGCCGUGGAGGAGCCUAGUCAUGACGUCACCCACAUCAACCUCUUUGAGGGAAUAGAACACAAAAGGAGGCAUCCUCAAACAGAGCAAGAUGAACUCCAAGCUGAACGCAAACGUGGGCGGAAAGAAGAUAGGACAAGUGAUGCACGUUUUGAUGAGCGCUUCCGACUGGGGUAUGGACUGGUGGGCAAGGAGCCUUGGUACAUCAAGAGGGGGCCACUGCCAUCCCAACAACCAAGCACAAAUGAACUUGAAAAAGGAAGGCCACAAAGAACAAUGAUAGAGGCCAAAGAUUCCAAAUCAAGAAAACACAGGAAGCACAGAGUUGUCAAGGAGGCCUCCCUAGCAAUGAUGCAGCCUUGCCAGAAGAAAUCCAUUGAGGAGUUGAGGGCAGAGCGAGUCGAACGUGAACGUGUGGAACGCCAGAGGGCCAGCAACCUGUUGAGCUCCACCCCUCGCACAGAUGGGGGGGCCAGGUACAACAGUGCCUUUGGCCAUGCGGACAAGCUGAGGCAGCACAGAAGGCAGCCAUAG